AUGCCCAAACAGCAGCAGCAGCAGCAGCAAACUACUCCUCACCCCCAUCACCACCACCACCAUCAUCAUGGCCGCAACCACCGACGAGCCAUUGAGCACCUGGUGAAUAAGAUGGUAAAGGUAGAGGAACCGCAGGACCGGUGGUCGCUCAUUUCGCUGGUAAACAGCGCUGGUCGAAAUGUGGAGCUGAAGUUUGUCGACACGAUGCGCCGACAGUACGAGUUCAGCGUCGACUCCUUUCAGAUUGUCCUUGACACGCUGCUCGCCUUCUGCAGCUUCUUCUCGCUGCCCAUCACCGCCAACUUCUACCCAACAGUGGUCGGCGAAAGCAUGUACGGCAACUUCACCGAGUCGCUGGUCCACCUGCACCACCGGCUGAUCGUCACGAAGAACCCCGAGGAGAUUCGCGGCGGCGGCCUCCUCAAGUACAUCAGCCUGCUGGUGCGCGACUACGCCCCCAUCGACGAGGACACCAUCACCCUGCUGGAGCCGUACAUGUGCACCCGUUUCCUCAUUGACUUCAUCUACCAGGACCGCCACCGCGACAAGCUGACCAACUACUUGGAGACGCACUUCGAGGAGGACACCCUGACGAAGUACAACUUCCUCAUCGUCCUCCAGGCGACC